ACAAACUCUUCUAAAACAAACCUACUUUUCAUGUUUGAAAGCAGUUAGCAUCUUCUUACUCUGUAAAAGUUUUAAAGUUAAGCCUUUUAACAGUACAUAUUGCAGUUUUCAGGUCGUUGUGGAGCACCAAUUGUAAAAUACUUUCACUUCAGCGUUUCUGAAAGGAGGUACACAUUCCUACCUUUGCCUUGAAUCCAGCGCAGCAAAAAAAUCUCAGCAAGAAAGUCACGCGUGAAUAUAAAUAAGAUCUCCUGGUCAUGAAGUAGCAACUGGUCCACAUGAUACGGGUAAUAUUACAGUUGAAGUGAGGACAGAAGGGGCUAGAGCGAUGCAAGUUUUACAGAUGAUAAGACCACAAAUAAUAACUUUAAGGUGUUUGCUGUUGUCGCUAACACUGCUUGUUCUUUUGACCGGUCAAGUCCAAGCUGGUGGGAAGUCCUACACAGGGCCAUGUGGAGGCAGAGACUGCAGCAGCGGAUGUAAAUGUUUUCCAGAAAAGGGUGCUCGGGGUAUGCCAGGUUUACUUGGCCCUCAGGGACCCAGUGGACCCCACGGAUUCCCAGGACCACCGGGAUUAGCUGGACAAAAAGGAGAGAAGGGUGACCGAGGAAGACCGGGGAUCCACGGGCCCAAAGGAGCUAUGGGAGUAACGGGUGUGCCUGGUUUUCCGGGAGCAGACGGCAUUCCUGGUCAUCCAGGUCAGCCAGGAUCAAGAGGGAAACCUGGUGCUGAUGGCUGCAACGGGACCAUUGGAGACCCCGGACAAUUUGGACUGCCAGGAUUUACUGGCGUUCCCGGUUUGCCGGGUAUCCCAGGUUCAAAAGGACAGAAGGGAGAGCCUUUGCCAGUGACAGUAAUCAUGAAUCGAUUACGGGGGGACCCUGGUGACCGAGGUUUUCCUGGAAUUUCAGGCCCUCAGGGGCGUCCAGGCUUCACAGGACCACAAGGCAAUCCAGGGCCACAGGGACGGAUAGGAGAACGUGGACCACCAGGACCAAAGGGUUCCCAUGGAGUAUCGCCUAAGGGAGAAAAAGGAGGACCAGGUGAGGUUGGGUUGCCAGGGCAACCAGGUACGCCUAGUCUCUCAUUUGGGAAGGAAUUAUAUGGACCCCCGGGUGAAAAGGGAAAAAGAGGUCCAAAAGGAGAGGCAGGCACGUCCAGUUUUUCAUCUGAAAAAGGAGAGGACGGAGUGAUGGGAUUCCCUGGGCAGAGGGGCUUGUCAGGUUUGGAUGGACAACCAGGAACCCCAGGGAUACAGGGAAUUCCAGGCAUCCGUGGUUUCCCAGGAAGAAACGGAGGCACAGGGAUGAAGGGUUCGAGGGGUGAAACAGGCCCCCCUGGACCAACAACAUACCUUGACAUUAAACAUAUGCAGUUGAAAGGUUUCCAAGGUGAACCAGGAACUGAAGGGGAGAAGGGUCAGAAAGGCAUGAGAGGUGAACCAGGUCUGCCGGGGUACUCAGGGUUACCUGGACAACAAGCUUUCACACCAGGGAGACAUGGUCCAGCAGGCCCAGCAGGCCGAAAAGGGUCCAAAGGCGUCAGUGGUGAACCAGGACUUCCUGCAGCCCAGCCCGGACCGAAGGGUGAAGAAGGACAACCUGGCUUACCUGGCCCACCAGGACUCAAAGGCCCAAGUUUUCCUGGAGGCCCACCUGUAAGACCAGCUGAUCGGGGAGUGCCGGGCCCCCCAGGGGGCAAGGGAUUCAAAGGAGAUGCAGGGGAAUGUUUAUGUGAAACUUCCAGAGCCCCAGCAGGCCCCACUGGUCCUGCUGGCAUUACAGGACCACCAGGAAGACACGGGGAACAAGGGCAACGUGGAGACUCGGGCGAUCCAGGUCCAACCGGGCCAAGAGGACUGCCGGGAUUUCCAGGAAAUGAUGGACCUGUAGGUAAACAAGGACAGAAAGGUGAACCUUCUACAGCAACUGAAAAAGGACGUAAAGGAGAGCCGGGUGAUCCCGGUUUGCGCGGCCCACCUGGUCAGAGAGGGCGCCAAGGCAGAGAUGGUCACUAUGGCAUUCCAGGAUUAAAAGGCCUCCCUGGCGACGGGGCAAAAGGCCAUCAAGGAGACAAAGGAUUUAUGGGCCCACCAGGUGUAAGAGGACUGAGGGGUGAAGUGGGUCAGCCCGGGCUUGGCUCUCAGUCUCAGAAAGGUAUCCCCGGGCCGCAAGGUGAUCCUGGCCUAGAUGGUGUCCCCGGGCCUGCAGGUUUACCAGGGCUUCCAGGUGAAUGUGUCUGUUGCAGUGCUCAGGACGGUGCUGGGAGAGAGGACAAUGAUACAACCACAGCAGGAGAACCCUGUGACCUCACGACACCUGGUCCCCCGGGCUCUUCAGGGCCAUCAGGACAAUCAGGCAUCCCAGGUUGGAAAGGUGCAGCAGGGUUACCCGGUCUGCCAGGCCAGAGAGGAUUCGACGGACUCAAAGGUCAUUCUGGUGACCCAGGUGUAGGAGGAUUGCCAGGACCGCCAGGCUUUAUCGGACCUCGCGGAGAUUCAGGCCUGCCGGGUCCUACUGGACAGAGGGGUUCCGCAGGGAGGUCGGGUUACCCAGGUGUGCCAGGAGAUCCAGGAGAAAAGGGGGCCCAUGGGGAGGUCCUGGGAGCCGCACCCGGAGCCCCAGGGGAAAAAGGUCCUCAAGGACAGAUCGGACAGAAGGGCCUAUCGGGAGAUCCAGGGCUGCCAGGAUUCAAAGGAAUGGAGGGCAUGCCUGGUAUCCGAGGCUAUAAAGGUGAGCAGGGUACGUUUGGCCUGCAGGGAGAGUCAGGCCAACCAGGGCCGGCCGGGCUAAAAGGAUUCCCCGGACAGCAAGGCUAUCCAGGCUCUCCAGGAGUAUUCGGCUACUCGGGGCCACCAGGCCUGACUGGUGAGAGAGGGGAAGAAGGCGAUGAAGGCCCCCCAGGUCCUGUCGGAAUGAAAGGUGCCCCUGGCUCCCCAGGGAGUCCCGGGUUACCAGGGCAACAAGGCCAUAUUGGCAAUCCUGGUGCUUCAGGUUUGGAUGGACUUCCUGGCCUUCCUGGUCAUAAAGGGGUUAAGGGAUCAAAGGGAAUGCCAGGCUUCGACGGAAUGCAGGGCCAGAAAGGAGUAAUAGGAUUUGAAGGGCAAAAGGGGGUGCCUGGAUUCCCUGGGGAGUUUGGAAAGAAGGGUGAAGUUGGAAAGCCAGGUGAAAAGGGUGAUCGCGGUAAAGCUGGACCCCCUGGUGAAAAGCCACACAUCCUACCGGGAACAGUGAUUGAAAUGAAAGGUGAAAAGGGUGAUGUUGGUGAUCCGGGGAGUGAAGGAUUUACUGGACCAAGAGGCCUUAAAGGGAUGCCAGGUAUACCAGGCCAGCACGGUCAGCACGGCUUGCCUGGAGACCCCAGUGAUGUGAAGGGUGUUAAAGGCACCACAGGCACUCAAGGGCUUCCUGGUUUCAGAGGACCCCCAGGCUCCCUCGGGCCUACAGGAAUCAGUGGCUUUCCAGGAAUGCCAGGAGACAGGGGUGAAAAAGGUGUAACAGGGGGCCACGGUCUUCCAGGUGACCCUGGGCUGAAGGGAAACAAAGGUGACAUUGGCCCAAGGAUUGACUUACCUGGCGUUACAGGUCACAGAGGGGAAGUAGGUGAUCCAGGGCUGGCAGGAGGGCCAGGUUUUACAGGGCAGCCAGGAGACCCUGGAAAUCCAGGCUUUUCCGGCAUUGAUGGCAUGAAAGGCAAAAAGGGUCUUCCUGGGCAUGAAGGACAAACAGGUUCUGUAGGUAUGACAGGUUCUCCAGGAAAUCAAGGCGCCAAGGGUGCGCCCGGUAUACCAGGCCAGCCAGGAACCCCAGGGAAGUACGGACUGCCAGGCGAACGAGGUUUCCCAGGUGUUAAAGGUAUAAGAGGUCUUGAUGGACUGGCUGGACAGAAAGGAUUACCAGGGUCAACAGGUGCUGAUGGUUGGGGUUCUCAAGGCAUGCCUGGUGCCUCGGGGGUGAAGGGGGAGCCCGGAAUUCCCAGUGUCGAGCCGGGGGUGCCAGGAGUUCCAGGUCUAAAGGGGACAAGAGGAGACCCAGGUAAUGAUGGACCAAUGGGAUCUUCUGGACUUCGAGGUCCGCCCGGGCUGCCAGGUGCCUUCGUCAGAGCAGGGUUGAAGGGGGAAGUGGGCUCUCGAGGACCACAGGGGCGUCAAGGUUACCCCGGGGCUCAAGGUGUUCCAGGCAGGUCAGCUCUGCACGGGGCAGAAGGAGAGCCAGGGGAGCCAGGACCUCUUGGAUUGGACGGGCCCCCUGGUGUGAAGGGAGAGUCAGGGUAUUCAGGAGCAGCUGGAAUCAAUGGGGUCUCUGGUGUAAAAGGUCAGAAAGGUGAACAAGGCAUGAUGGGAUUCCCUGGCAGAGUUGGGUUACUUGGAGACAGGGGGCCAGUUGGACCAAAGGGCGAUACAGGACUCACUGGUUUGCCAGGUCCCCCAGGUUCUCCGGGGCCAGCCCCCUUACCCCCGCGGCUGACAGGAGAGCGGGGUGCUCCUGGACCGCAUGGAAUACACGGGCCUGCUGGCGUUCAGGGGGAGUCAGGGCCACAGGGCCCCCCAGGAGAUGCAGGUUUCAUGGGCCCAAAUGGGAAAUCAGGUUUUCCAGGCGUGGGCGGCAGGCCAGGUAACCCAGGUUAUCGUGGUGAAGUUGGAUCCGUCGGCCCGCAAGGCCUUCAAGGACUGGAAGGGUCAUCGGGUCGUCCAGGUAGCCCUGGUUUGCCAGGCAUGCCAGGCCGCAGUGCUAGCCUCGGGUACCUUCUAGUGAAGCACAGCCAAUCGGAUCAGACGCCAAUGUGCCCAGUGGGAAUGAGCAAACUCUGGGACGGAUACAGCUUGCUUUACUUUGAAGGCCAAGAAAAAGCUCACAAUCAGGACCUAGGAAUGGCGGGAUCAUGUCUACCAAGAUUUAACACAAUGCCGUUCCUGUACUGCAACCCUGGGGACGUCUGUUACUAUGCAAGCAGAAAUGACAAAUCCUACUGGCUGUCAACCACCGCUCCCUUGCCCAUGAUGCCAGUGGAAGAGGAUGAAAUAAAGCCAUACAUCAGCCGCUGCUCGGUCUGCGAGGCCCCAUCCCUUGCUAUUGCUGUGCACAGCCAGGAUAUCACAAUACCACAGUGUCCUGCAGGCUGGCGCAGUUUAUGGAUUGGUUAUUCCUUCCUAAUGCAUACAGCAGCAGGUGACGAAGGGGGCGGCCAGUCCCUGGUGUCACCUGGGAGCUGCCUGGAGGAUUUCCGGGCCACUCCCUUCAUUGAGUGCAAUGGAGCGAAGGGGACCUGCCAUUACUUUGCAAACAAGCACAGCUUUUGGUUAACCUCAAUAGACAGUUCAUUCCAAAGUGCGAUUGUCUCAGAAACACUGAAAGCAGGGCAGCUUCUGUCUCGAAUCAGCCGGUGCCAGGUGUGCAUGAAGAACCUAUAACGUCCUCUAUUGAAAAAAAAAAAAAAAUUUAAAUCUGGAGUAAAGCAAACUCUAUGUAUUUUAAUUGGUGUUUUUUUUUAACUUAUUACCUCAGUGAAGCUUUUAAUAUACAUCGACAGAAGCAAAAGGUAUCCAGAAAAAAAAAAACAAGAAAAAUCCCCAUGUUUUUAUGCACUGCUUAGUAAUGCUCAUAUAUAGAUGCAAAUAGUAUUUAAUGAUAUUAAAACAUCACUAACAAUAUUCAUAAAUGUAUAGUUUUUGAAAGUUACAGAGCAAAAUGAUUUCUUCCAACACCUUUUGUUACUUUGCCUUUAUUUUUUUUAAUUUAGAUAUCUUAAUAUGAUUUCAUGUUAUAGUAUUAUUUUUUUCAAAUAAAAGGCAAACGUAAAGACAAGAAAGCAACUGCUUGUUCUUUUCUUAAGGGCAAGCCACAUGAAGCACAGAUUCAUUCAUUGUAUCCUUUUUGCUUACCCUUAGAAACUUUUUUUUAUACAAUUUGAUGACUGCAGGAUUUAGCACUGAGAAAACCAAAGGCACUGCAUGAAUCUUAAUUACUUUAGGAUCAAAGCUUUCUAUCUUUCAACAGGGACUAAAAUCCCAAUAUAUAAACUACAUUACCAGACCAUUGUUCAUCAUAAAGUACCAGAAGCUGUACAAAAACAUGCUAAGAAAAAAAAUUUAGGUUGGAGAAAUAUGCACUGAAAAACCUUUAGUAAGUCAUUUUUGGUACUGAAGCAUGUAAUAUCAUAAAAUCAAUAAACUCAAACAUAUAUUUGUAUGUA